AUGUCCACCUGGAUGUUCACAAGCAACGAGAUUCAGAGAUUUGAUGAGAUGGCACAUAAGCACCCUGACAUCAACGCCCUUAAUUACAAGAUGGCCUGGGCGUCUACAGUUGAGGGCGUCAGGCAGACCCUCGGCUCAGCCAGAGACCUCCUCUCCAAGGUACGAGCCGAGACACAGAAAUCCAACCUAUCGGCACAACCCGCUUCCGAAUCCCUCAUGGAGCAAACAGACCUGUCAGUCGAGGACAGUGAGGACGGCGGGAGAUCGCAAGCGGUCCAGAAGAUGUACAACCUGAUUGCGAGGAGGCUUGAGGAGAAGGAAGACAUUGUUGCAUUGUCGGAGGGAAAGUGUGAAAGUGUUAGCUGUGAAGGUCCCCGAACCACUCAGAUACUUGGCUAUCUGAUCUGUCGUGGACAGGCCACUCUACGGCACGUUGUCUUUACCACAUGCGCUUGUGCACGCUUUGGGUCAUCACUUUCCGCAUCCCCUCUUCAUUCUGCUCACUCUUCCUGCACAUCCUCCUCCCAGCGUCUGACUCUCAUACACCCUACUGGAUCGAGCUACUUACCUACAUACCAAUCAGACAUGUCUGCUGUCUUCGACGAAACCCAGCUACCGUCCCUCGAGGGGAGCGAGGACUUCCAGUGCAAGACCGGACUCUGCGAGAUUCGAGAGAGCAUGAAACAGGCGAAGGGAAUUGAGCACGUCAAGUCCAUCUUCCGCAAGACGAGCUUAUACCACCGAUUCCUAUUGAUCGAAGCGGAUGGCAAAGCCAAAGACACCAGCGAUUGGGUCGAAAACGAAUCGGACAGGUCGACCCCGUCGAAGAUCAGCGAUACGAUGCAGAAAUAUGCCGGAUUCCUGGCCGUGAACCGCGAGGAAGUGGCGGCAUUCUCGGCUGUCACCCAGACGCUUGCGGAAAAGUGGGCGAAGAUGAGCAUGGCUGGGUCGAGUGCGGCGGAGAGGGGUGAGGCGAAAAAUAGCGCGGCGGAGGAUUCUCUUCGGGUUGCAGACGCUGACUGA